ACCGGCAGCCAUCCGAAAGCAUCGACGCACCGAAGCAUGCACGCGGCCCGGAGGGCUUCUUGAUGUUUUGAACGUUUAUCGUGAAACAAGACCCUGAAGCGCGCUGGACCUCACCGGGGACUCCGCUUUCUCCCGACGCCUCGCGGGGCCCAAGCCGUGCCUCAAGCGCGAGAGCAUGGGUCGGUGCGACGGGAGGUGCACGCUGGUGGUCAUCUGCUGCCUGCAGCUGGUCGCUGCAUUACAGAGGCAGGUGUUUGACUUUUUGGGAUAUCAGUGGGCUCCCAUCCUUGCCAAUUUCCUUCAUAUCAUGGCUGUCAUUUUGGGAUUGUUUGGAACUGUGCAGAUCCGUUCCAAAUAUCUUAUAGUGUAUGCUGUGUGGCUUGUGGUCUGGGUUGGCUGGAACUCUUUCAUCAUCUGUUUUUACCUGGAAGUUGGUCACUUGUCACAGGACAGGCAUUUCCUAAUGACAUUUAACACAUCGCUUCACCGUUCCUGGUGGAUGGAGAACGGGCCUGGUUGCUUAGUUACUCCAGUGCCUGACUCCCCAUUGGCUCCUCAGGAUCAUCAUGUGAUCACUGUCAGUGGCUGCCUGCUGGACUACCAGUACAUAGAGGUUGUCAGCUCAGCCUUGCAAGUGUUUCUUGCACUCUUUGGAUUUGUUUAUGCCUGCUAUGUUAGUAAAGUCUUCCUGGACGAUGAGGACAGCUUUGAUUUCAUUGGUGGAUUGGACUCGUAUAGUUACCAGCCUCCACAAAAGAGUUCUCACUUACACCUGCAGCCUCUCUAUACGACUGGAUAGAAACCAGAGGAAAACCCCACCCUCAGAGGAAAACAGCUGCUUGUCUCUGAGAGAUGAAGUCCUCUGCAUUGUGGGAAAUGUUCUACCAGCUUCAACGUCUGUGUCUCUUUAACUUUGUCUCCCUCUGUUGGAGAAAAUCUAUAGUACAGCACCAGCCAGAGUUCUAGAGAGAGAGCAAGCAUAUGGACAGGACCACAAUAAGAUGCUUAAAGCCUCAUUGAGACAAGCAUUAUUAAACAGGACUUAAAGACACAAACAGAUCUUCUGUGUGUGAGAGAGAGUGUGUGUGAGAGCACAUAGGCCUUUGUAUAUGUUUGUGUAUUCACAAGGGGGCCAACCUUUGACCCAGGUAAUAUUUGAACACAUCGGGGCUGGCCGUUCGGCUCUUUCUGCUAUAUGUGUGUGUGUAGGAGAAAGAUUGUUUAUACUCUCAUAUAAGACACUAUAAUGUAAUGUGUUAGAUUAAUGUUUUAGGUUGUGUAUUUGGGGAAUGCUGUAGGAAUUUGUGCAUGUAAAAACUCAUGAUAAAGGAGUUGUGCCUCUGGGUGGCCCACAUGUGUCUGCGUGCAUGAAUGUGUGUUUCUGAUUGUGCAGAUGUACACAGAUUACAAGUUUUUAUAUGUACUUAUGCACCUAACGCAUAAUGUGACUAGCCAUAAAUGUUUAUUUGAACACAAGCUUAGAAUGAAUGUAUGUUAAUGUACUAUACUUGUUUCAGGAAGGCUGUGUUUGUAUGAGUGAGUGAUAGAGAGUGUGGGUGCGAGAGGGACACACACCUGAAGGGUGGGACAGUUGUUCAGCAUAAUAAACUCUUUCUAGAUUA